AUGGACGAUGGGAUAUGUCAUAUAAAAGCAGAGUACCUUAUACCACGCGUUGUGGAAAAACCGACGGUGGAUGUAGACAAACCAUCCCAGCCAGAUGAGCAAGCCAAUGGAAAUGGCAUUCCGGCGGAGAAGGACUUGAACGAACCCCCGGAAAAGAAGGGCCGUAUCGAGAGCGACGUUCAGGAGCCGCGAGAGAAGAAAAAGAAGAACCGUGGGCAGAACAAAUCGCGCGCCCUUCCGUUCAAAGAGGACGACGCACUGAGACUCUGCAAGUCCUUGCUGGAUGGUAACUUGGGGGAUGCAGGGAAAAAAUGCUCGAACGCAAAUUGCCGCUUCUCACAUGACCUCGACAAGUUUCUGCAACUGAAACCGAAGGACAUCGAUGGUAGUUGCUACAUCUAUUCGAUCAAGGGCUACUGUAACUUUGGUGUAACAUGUCGGUUCGCGGGGACUCAUUUGGACGAAGAUAAUAGGAAUAUUUACCCGAAGGACUACAAACCUGAAUCUAAUAUGCUCGUAUCCACCUGGCUUAAUACCGAUCUUCAACACAUUCUCCGAAAGAGAAAGUAUAAUUUUAACAAAUCCACUAAAAUCGUCAAUAAAUUUGAAAAACUUCAGCAAGCGGAAAAAGGCGAAAAGACAAAACCCACAGAUGAACCGGUUGCUGAAGGUGAAAAGGCCACCGUUCCACAGGAGGAAAGUAAACCGGCCGGAACGGUCACGGAUGAGGACGUGAUAAAACUACGAAACCCCGAGCGGAAGCGUAUCGUCUUCCGGGACAAGCUUUACCUUAGCCCGCUGACUACGGUGGGAAACCUACCAUUCCGCCGGGUCUGCAAAGAGUUUGGCGUCGAUGUAACGUGCGGCGAGAUGGCCUGUGCCAUUCCGAUCAUAAACGGCGCCAUCCAAGAGUGGGCACUCACGAAACGCCAUUCGAGCGAGGAUCUGUUUGGGGUGCAACUGUGCGGGCACAAUUCGAAGCUAGUCACAUACGCGGCGCAAAUCAUCGCCGAAAAAGCGGACGUGGAUUUCAUCGAUCUAAAUACGGGUUGUCCGAUCGAUCUUAUCUUCAACCAGGGCGGAGGUAGUGCGCUUUUGCGGCGCCAAAACGUGCUCCAGGUGAUGGUGCAGAGUUGUGCACGCGUUUUGGCCGAUUACGGGAAGGAGUUCACCGUAAAGACACGCAUCGGCAUUCACAAUAACAAGCUGAUCGCGCAAGAGAUGGUGCCGAAGUUCGAGGAUUGGGGCGCGAGCUUGAUCACGAUCCACGGUCGCACCAAGGAGCAGCGCUACACCAAGCGAGCCGAUUGGGAAUAUCUACAGCAGUGUGCGGUUCAGGCCCAAAGCGUUCCCGUAUUCGGUAAUGGGGACAUCUUUUGCUACAACGACUACGAAACCAUCCGAGAGAAGUGUCCCAACAUAGCCGGAGUUAUGGUGGGUCGCGGUGCGCUCAUUAAACCCUGGGUGUUCGAAGAGAUUAAGGAGCGGAAAACGCUCGAUCCUUCGAGUGGUCAACGGUUCGAUAUGCUGAAGCGAUUCGUCAACUACGGGCUGGAGCAUUGGGGAAGUGACACCAAGGGUGUAGAAACGACGCGUCGCUUCCUGCUCGAAUGGCAAUCGUUCUUGUAUCGGUACGUACCGUACGGUUUGUUGGAAAGGCCACCGCAACGUAUCAAUGAGCGACCUGAAGCAUACCGUGGCCGGGAUGAUCUGGAAACGCUGAUGGCUUCCCCAAACUGCAACGAUUGGGUAAAACUAAGCGAAAUGCUUCUCGGUCCCGUUCCGGAAGGAUUCAAUUUUGUACCGAAACAUAAGGCAAACGCCUACUAAUAAUUCGGUGGAUGGUG